GUAUAGAGGAAUCCUAUUGGCCAGUGCUUUUGCCAAUUCACGUAGAAGCGGCAUCCGGAUAGCAAUAAUGGCUGAUUCUCAUUCGCUCUUUGCGUUUUGUUCUGACGAGGUAGUAACAAGAUAUUGUUCCAACGUUAGUCCCAGUGUCAACAUGGCUCAGCAGCAGCGCGUCUGCUGUCAGGAUAAAACACCCAUCCAGAUCCUGCACGAGUAUGGCAUCAAAAUCGGCAGCGCGCCCGAGUACGAGCUCAUUCACUCUGACGGAGACGCGCACGAGCCUUCUUUCAUGUUCAAUGUCACUAUAGGAGACGUGACAUGCAAAGGUCAAGGAUCCACUAAAAAGGCGGCUAAACAUGAAGCUGCAGAAGGCGCCUUAAAAUUAUUGAAGCGAGACACCCAGCUAAAUGAUCAGAGAGACAACAAUGGCCUUUCUCCUGAAGCUGGUGACGCAUCCAAUCCUGUGGGAAUACUGCAGGAGCUGGCCAUGCAGAGGGUGUGGUGUCUGCCGGAGUAUGUGGUGUGUAUGGAGUCGGGGCCUGAUCACAUGAAAGAGUUCACCAUUACGUGCCGCCUGGAAGGACUGGAGGAGACAGGGACCGGCAGCUCCAAAAAGCUGGCCAGACGAGCAGCAGCCGAACGCAUGCUGGGAAAACUGCAGAGUUUGUCCGGAUCUCCCGAUAUCACAUGGACCCCACCUUCUCGUGUGUAUGUGGAAAGCUUUCGGCAUUCGACGGGGGAGAAGAUUUCUCUCCUGAGGAGGACACCUCUCAGCAUCCCAAACACAGACUACAUUCAGAUGCUCCUGGAGGUCUCUCUGGAGCUGGGCUUUCAGGUCGCCUACAUAGAUAUCGAUGAGCUGACAGUGAACGGGCAGUACCAGUGUAUGGUGGAACUGUCCACCAGGCCAGUGACGGUGUGCCACGGCACUGGGAUGACCAGCAGUAAUGCCCACAACGCCGCAGCACACAAUGCCCUGCAGUACAUCAAGAUGGUCGCUAAUAAACACUAAUAACAGGUCUGGGACUGCCGUGCACAUUAUGUUGCUGAUGCUGAACUUGGAUCCUAGAGCAGACCUGCACGUUCUGAUCCCUGAAGCAGCUGUGGAGCGAUUGACCCGGGCCUGUUUCACACGAGCACUGUCAGCCAACUGACACAUUCUGCUGUAAGAGAUGUGGCUCUAUGCAGAAAAUAAAUUCAUUUUUAGGUCACAA